UGUCGAGUGUUUAUCGGAAUUGACGCGAGUGAAGGGAAUCAAAAGAGAUAUGUCGCCGUUAAGUACCUUGGUUAAUUGUAUCAUCUUGUCCGUUGCCCUUCAAGGCACUUUUUCUAUGCCGGGAAAUGUUGCUGUUCCAACGCCUUCGAUACAGAACAUAACUGCGCAGCUGGUGUAUGUGUGCGAUAUUGGCAUACGCGGGGCAUAUCGUCGCGAUGAUUACACGCACACGCCUGGAAUCGGUUCGCACAAAUUGCACACCAAAGCAGAGCCGUGGAACCAGGCGCGAAAAAUUUGCAACGACGAAGGCGGUCAUUUGGCCAUUAUCAAUUCCAACGCGGAGCGACGCGCAUUAGUGGCACUGUUUGACCGAUCGGGCCCGGUGAUCGGUGCCGAACACACUUUCGAAGCCUAUCUGGGUAUACACGAUCUUUACGGGGAGGGCGAUUGGGUGACGGUGUUCGGCGAGCCGAUCACGAAAACCGGCUUCGUCGAAUGGAGCGAUCGGUGGAAUGGACAGCCGGAUAACUGGGGUAAUAAUCAACAUUGUGGAGCGAUGUUAAAGGAAGGAACUAUGGACGAUGUUCGCUGCGACCAAGCAUUUGCCUUCUUUUGUGAAAUACCUGAGAUAUCGCCUUUGUAAUCAUUUAUUUAUUCAACCCUUUUAAGGGAUGUCUCGAUUUCUACCUGGAAUGUUUAAUUCGCAAAGUUCAAUUGUAAUUUGAAGAAAAUAUCAAGAAAUUUUUGUGCAUCUUAAUCUUUUCUCUUGCAACUCGUGCACGUCUGUGCAACAGUUGCAUCGAAAACAUUGCGAUAAUCUUGUUUUACGACGCGUUACGUUGCAGCACGAACAAUUUAACGGCGUACCAAUCUGUGUAUAUCGCGUAUGCGUGUUACAUCACCGUUAUCGCAUUUUUACUUAUUACUUCGAAGGUUGUAAAGAAAAAUUGAAAGGGAGCUUUUCUUCCGCGACACCACGCAAGAUAAGUAAAGCUCGAUAUUACGCGCCUACUUAAAAGAUAAAAAGUAGUCAAUAAAUUGUUCCUCUAUAAA